GGGUCGGGGACCGGCGACAUCGUUCAGCGGGCGGAAUGGGUCGGGUGAUCAACUCCAUCGUCGCCGUUUGUCCUAACAUGGGCAUCGGGAACAAGGGCAACCUCCCGUGGCACCCGGUCCGGCUGAGCAAAGAAUUCAGACAUUUCCAGAAGAUGACAUCCACCCCUUCAGUAGAAGGAAAGUGCAACGCUGUUAUUAUGGGACGAAAAACCUGGUUCUCGAUUCCAGAGAAAAAUAGACCACUUAAAAACAGGAUCAAUAUUGUGCUCAGCAGAGAACUUAAGGAACUGCCCAACGGAGCACAUUACCUGGUGUGUGACUUGGACUCUGCACUAGAUCUGCUGGACUCUUCAGAUCUGCAGGAGAAAGUGGACCUAGUCUGGAUAAUCGGGGGCAGCGCUCUCUAUAAGGAGGCCUUUGAAAGCCCAGCUUCACACCGGCUAUUUGUGACUCGUAUUCUUCAGGACUUUGAAAGUGAUACGUUCAUACCUGAGAUAAACUUGAAUAAGUUCAAACUGCUUCCUGAGUUCCCUGAUGUACCUACAGGCAUUCAAGAGGAGAACGGGAUCCAGUUCAAAUAUGAGGUUUAUGAAAGAAUCACCUCUGCAUAGUGGAAAGGAAAUCUAUGCAGACGUACAGAUAAAUGGUUGGCAUUUCAAAAAUAGCUGAAGUUUUAAUUUUUAUGGAAAUUAUUAAGAAUGAGUAAAAUUCUAUAAGCAUCUUGAAGAACAGGAACAUUAUUUUGGAAGACAGAAAGCAUCAUUUGAUUCCCUCCAGCAUUUCCAACUUGGGCCAUCAGGAUUGACCAGGACUGCAACAGAACCAGCCUCUUGGAUCUUACGGCCAUAUCAAGGGACAACUGACCCUUCAUCUCUCUGUCGAGUCUCCUCACCAUCUGCAGAGAAUCUCCUCAGAAGGGGAGUACAAUGGGGUCACAUCCAUGUGUCUGGAUCCCCAACAACAUGAGCUUGACGCCAACCGGGAAAGCGUAUUCUGUUCAGGUGUCCCACCAUCCUCCACUGCUCUAACUGCCGAUAGGAGCACUUCCACUGCAGUCCACACAUCAGCCUGAGCGGGAAUGUGCCCAAGUUCUUCCAUUACCACUGAGUCAGAGUGAUGCACUCUGGAUAGAACAGCUUUGUUAGAGUUCUGAUGGGACUGUGAUCAAGCUCCCCCAUUAUCACUGAGUCAGAGUCACGCACUCUGGAUAGAACAGCUUCGUUAGAGUUCUGAUGGUCCCCUGUUGCGACAAGAUCAGAUUCAAGCUGGCAUGAGUUGAGUUCUGGACCAUGUUGACAGCAGCAUUUCAAGAAGGCCAGUUGCCAUCCCCUUCAGGGUGAAAGGAAUUACUAAUAAAUCCUGCUCAUGCCCUUGCAUCCUUGUGUCAGGAAUUUAGUUUUAUUCUCUUACAGCGGAAAUCUGCGUCUUGUGGUUGAGGUGUGAAAAUAGAGGUGAUUUUCCUGACUAUUUUUCCUUUCAGAUGAAGUUCCUGUGGUUGGUUAUACGAUAACUGUCGGUUCUCUGGCCAGAGCUGUUUUCAGAGAUGGCUCCUCACAGCCAGCACUGUAGAGUCAGUGACAAUUGCAUCAGGCAAGGUCAGACAAUUGAACAGCGAUUGCUCACAAAUAUCUAACUGUAAGUGACAUUUGUAAACGGUCUCUGUUUCAGUCACCACCUUUUGGUAUCAUUUACGGAUGAAAUGGUCAAAGUUUAAUUCUGUUCAACCUGCUGCUUUUUUGAGAGAGGACAAUAAAAUUGA